UGCUAUUUUUAUACCAAUGAUGUUUACUUCGUGAUUCUGAAUCAUCUCCAGACUCCACUGGCGACUUCAGCUAACUUUUAUUAUUACUGGAAGUGGAAGAGUAUCCAAAGCAAAAGGGAUAUUGUUGAUAUCGAUGCCAAGAAGAUUUGGCUUGCUUCAGUAGGUGACCAACCAGUCAUACCAAGCAGAUAGACUCAUACAAAAAGAGAUCCCAAUUUCCAGUGACAGAACAACAAGCCGUCAUCAUGCAGGCUUUGUUUGGGAAAAAAAAGACGCCGGAGCAGAUGCUGAAGCAGAACCAGAGAGCGCUGAAUAAAACGAUACGAGAAUUAGACAGAGAGAGGACUCGUAUGGAGCAACAGGAGAAGAAGGUUAUUGCUGAUAUCAAGAAGAUGGCAAAGCUAGGCCAGAUGGAUGCAGUGAAGAUCAUGGCUAAGGAUUUAGUGAGAACCAGGAACUUUGUCAAAAGAUUUAUCUUGAUGAAAGCAAACAUCCAGGCGGUGGCAUUGAAAGUACAGACGUUACGAUCCCAAAGUGCUAUGGCUAACGCUAUGAAAGGUGUCUCCAAGGCAUUGAAAACAAUGAAUUCUAAGAUGAAAUUGCCUCAGAUAGAGAAGAUAAUGAGGGAGUUUGAACGAGAAUCAGAGAUCAUGGAUAUGAAGGAAGAAAUGAUGAAUGAUGCUAUUGAUGAUGUCAUGGAAGGAGAUCAGGAUGAAGAAGAGAGUGAUGCCAUUGUGUCUCAAGUCCUUGAUGAACUGGGUCUUUCAUUAUCAGAUGAUCUAGUUGGUAUCCCGACCACAGGAGGAGCGCUCAAUACCAAGAACAAGGAAUCCGGUAAGGUACCCGUUGCUGAAGGAGUAGGUGAUGCUGACGCUGAUCUUCAAGCUAGACUUGAUAACCUUCGGAGAGAAUAGAAAAUGCUACAUGUAGGAAGCAAAUGGACUUUACACAGCCUUUUUCAUAGCGACAUCCGUCAAAUGCUGCUGCUGAGCAAGGAUGGACAAAUUUAGGAAAGAAUAGAAGUCUGAAACUUCAGAUACAUUCAACAGUAUGGUUGUCUGACCCAUUGGGCACAGAUUUUGCUUGAUUAGACACAUAAGCAUUUCAGGGGUCAUAUUGUUUUUGUACAAUAGUGGGCCUCUAAAACUUUUGUGUCUAAAACCCCCAUUCCACAGAGAGCAAGACCUCUGAAGACCAUGAAACUUGCUUGAUCUUUUAAAGGGUCCUUCAAAGGUCUCCCGUCUGUGGAAUGAAUGCCUUAGCUGGCUUGAUCCUCAUCUGUGACUCACUAUAUGUGGGAGUUUCCUGAAAUAAUUCAUCUCUGUUUUGUAGGUUGUAUGAAAAGCUAUAAUGCUCUUGAUUUAUCAUGGCUUGACUGGUUUUUCAGGUGAAGAAAGAAUGGAGAAAAAGAGGGGUCGGUUGUACAAAAAGGUUGAUUAUCUUAUGGAAUAUGCUUUCAGCUUUUUCUAUUUAUUGGGAGAGCUCAGAAUUAGCAGAAUUUUGUCAACAAAAUCAGGAAAAGGCUGAUCCUCAUCUACAAGCCAUGUCUUACAUGUACAUUCUUACGAGAGGGAAGAGUUUCCAAAAUGAAAACGGAGGGGUUGCAGAAAGAUAAUUAUUUAAAUGCAACUAAAACAAAUCAAAUGCAAGUCCCAAAUACUUGUUUCUGAUUGGUUGAAGAUCAAUGAUGUGCAUGUGAUGUUUGUAGUUGUGUUUGAUUCUACUCUUUGUGGAUGAAAGUUGCAAUCAGCUUGUAAUGACCAAACAUGAUCUGAUUGUAAGUGCAUUCUGUGUAAAAGACUGGCCAGUAAUAAUCAGAGUCAUUGCUUUAUGUUACUUACUUUGUUAACUGUUUUGUGUUAGGGCCCAUGUAUGAAAAUGAAAUUAUACAUAAAUCAACUAUGUACAUGUAAUAAGCGUACCACCGUUUCAUGGAAGUUGUCAGCACUGACAAGUUGUCUUCCUCCGACAGUUACCAUAGUAACAUUCAGAGGCCAGUGCCUUUCAGCCAAUCAGAUCUAAGGAUUUCACUGAAAUUGUCAACGCUGACAAUUUAGUCAGUGCUAGCAACUUUAAUGAAACACCCACCACUUCCCAAAAAGUUAAUCCUCAAGAGACUGGGAGCUGAUAUAGCUCUCAUUUAACAUAAAAAAUAAAUUGUUAACACGAAAAGCUCUUACCAUUAUGUUUAAUGACUGUACUUCCAGUCUUGGGCAACUUUUGCAAUGCCAGGCUACAUGGUUGUUACGGUAAAGCAAAUGUAAAAAAAAACACAAAUAAAUACAUUUAAUUAUAAACAUUGUUUUGAGACUUUUUUUCAAAUUAAUUUGGUUUACUAAGUUUUUAAAACCAUGUCUAGCAUCCACAUUACAUUAAGUCACAUUUAAUCUUUAUGAAGUAGCCGUUGGAUUUCAAAGUCAUCCGACAAAGUUUUGCUAAUCUUACAAUUAACUUUUCAUGAAACAGCAUUCAGGUUUCAAAUUAGAGCAAAGAAUGUUCAUCUUAGGAAUAUGUUAAAUGUUAGCUCUUGAUGGGAUAUGAGCUAUACAACACCAAUAUGAUAUUUUAAAAAAGGAUUUGCUUUCUUUCGUUCUGUUUGUACUAUUUCAGUUGAUAUUCCCAAAGAAUCUUUGAAGAAUCAAUCAUACAACUCAAUUUAAACCUGGUUAUCUGUCUAUUAAAAACAUUAUCUAUUGAGAUACAGAAUCUCAGUCCACUUUCUAUUUGGUCUCCUCCCACAUGACCUAAGACCCCGUUCGCAUUUCAGUCCUAGAACUACAUGGACCUGGCCACAGAGGAUUAUCUAUUGUUACUGGGGGUGCUGUGACAAUGCUCAGCACCCCAAGUAACAAUAGAAUAAUCACCCAUGGACAGGGUCCUGUAAAACUAGUUUAGAGCAAACUAGUUUAGUGGAAACAAGGGGGGGGGGGUGUUUCAUAAAGCUGUUCGUAAGAUACAAAUGACUUUAUGCAUGACUGGUUACCCUUUCUCAUGCCAAGUGAUAUAUUCCUGGGUAAUUUCAGUUAGGACUAAGAUUAUGUUCCAGUGGUGCCUAAAGCUGUAUGUAACUUUUCAAACAGCUUAAUGAAACACCCACCUGGUAACAUGUAAUGGGAAUGCUCGAAGCGGUUUUUGAAGAGAUCAUAAAUGGUCUUCCGAACCAGUUUGGAAAGCAACAUGUGGUGGACUCGGUCGAUGGAUAUUGAAGAUUUAUUUUUGAAGUUUUUACUCUUAUUACUGUUUUUCAUUUAUUUCACAAGGGGAAUGCAUGAUGUAUUUAUAAUCCGUUUCAUACAUUCUCUCAUAUGUGGUCUGUUGAAAGUUAUAAUGUAAAUAUUUAGUCGUCAUGGUAGCCUUUUGUAAAUUAUGAUUUUUAUAUGAUCUUCGUGAAACAAAUUAUUUUAUAAUGAUGUUUAUUAUGAUAUAGAAUUUACAGCUGUAUGUUGCAAUGGACUUGAAAAAAAGUUGUCAAAUCUGUAAUGAAAAACUCAUGCAGUGAUGUAAAAAUGCACACUAUGAAAUUCCAAAUGAAGAAUGCUGGGCUGCAAAGCAUUUGAAUUGUGACUUCUUCUUGUACAAAGAAUAGAGGAGUUCAAUGCAAUUGUGUAGUCCCAAUUUCAUGAAUGCUGUUUCAAAUCUAUAGUCUGAAAACCAUGAUUAAAUGUGGAUUUUCUGCAUUAAUCACAGAUCACCGAUACGCAGUGCUUGUAACAAAGGUUACAGUGUUAUGAGCAUUUAGGUUGUUUUAUGAACUAUGAGAAUUUAUUGAUUCUAUUUGAGGAAAGGGGACUGCUUAGAGCUAUUCUUGAACUUAGCUUUGGCAUUUACUUUUUCAAGUAAUAAUAGUGGAAAGAUUGGUAUCAUUAGAAAGAUAGUGUGAAUGUGCACUGCAGUGCUAAAAGUAAGAAAAAAUUAUAUUUAUAAAGAGGAUAUGUAUUAUUAAGCCUUUGAACUUACUUGUAUUGUUGAUAAUAAAGUUAUUUACAUGUAUAGUAUGAAAUAGU